UGCGUUGCAUAAAAGGCGUUAUGUGGAAAAGCUUCAGUCUAUCCAUUCGCCAGAUCCAUAUUUGAUGUCUAAAUCGAUAUUUUUCGACCCGCUGUCUCCGCCCUCUCUGCCUGUCAUCUGAGCCCGAGUGUCGAAAGAGAACGCCACAAAGACGAGACUGUUGAAAUUAUGAAUUAAUAAAAUAAUAAAGCAAAUGUGACACACACAAGGGCUUGCUAAAAUUUGUUUAAAUAUAUUGUUCUAUGUAAAUCAGCCAAGGUAGCCCCCCGCAUUUUUACCACACCAAAUCUGGCCCCCUUUGCAAAAGGUUUGGACAUACUUGUUUAACUGAUGAUCCGUAGACGAGGCCAGCUUCUUUCACUUGGUACCAGCUAAAUAUUAUUCAAAAUGUAAUGAUGGUGGAAGAAAUAAGCAUCUUGAAUUUGAAACUGUAUGUUGUCGGCGAUUAGCCUCACAAUGAUCUUAAUUGUGGUUGUCAGCCCAAAACACUCUAAAUAUAUAUUAAAUGCAUCUUACCACAUAUAAAAUGACUACUACAUAAUCUGUGGUAAUCGUUUGGAGCCCAGUUUUCUCGUCGAAUUGCAGCAGUCCAUCUCGCUUUCCUCUCCGGGUCUCUCGGAAUACUGUAGAACUUCAAGUCUCUCCGUCUAUCUUCUCUGUUAUUGCAACCAACCGCCACACACGCCUUCACCAUUUUGAUUACUAAUGUUAACGAGCAGAAAAACACGCCAUAAUAGGAGGAAUUUACGUAGCGGUAAUGCGUCAACACGACGAGUUGACGGACAAUAUGGCGCGGAGGCGUGGUUGUGACGUCAUGUGAGUGGGGUCUAUAGUUCGUUGCUCCUUGUCAUUUAGAUUUCCAGCAGUAGUUUUUAGGCAUUUCAGUUGAAAAAUGUCCUGAGUGUGUUGCAAAGACCCGUGUGCAUCUAAAAGAGUCCUGCACAUUGCUGUUAACCAACCAAGCAGACCCCUCUGACCAAGACUCGGAAGGGUACACCCCUGCCCACCUAGCCCGCCACAACGGACACCAGCAGCGCUUCAGAUACCUGCGAUGCAAGGAAAAUCAAGCUCUUGGCCACAAACGUCGCCGGUGUUGAACCAGCACUCCGCCGUCCGCCGCCACAUCCUCAAGGCGCAACCAUGCUGAACCGCUGACACCGAGGUUAUUUUCCAUUCAGAGCAGAAAGACAACAAGAAGACACUGGUGAAAUUCAUGGACACCUUGAAGCAACCCGAGAGCGAGGAGAUGGUUGCGGCCAGGUACCCUCAGCCUUCUAAGAGUAUCAUACCGCAAAUUGAAAAAGUUCAAACGGCCACGUCCGUCAUUAAAGGUUUACAUAAGACAAAGAGGAUGGUGCCUGACGGCAACAAUCUCCUCGCCGACAGGAAACUCCUCGGGGAUAUGAAACCCAUCGUGUCACUCAAGCAGUCGUCUCUUCCGGGCGUUUUCACCGGACAAGCGAGUAAGGUGGUGGUCUUUCCCACCGGGGAGGCCAACCUGGCGGAAAUGGACUACCUGGUCCCCAGCCAUGACGAAAAGGGCCAACCGAUUGCCGAGUGGAAGCGGCAGGUGAUGGUAAGGCAGCUGCAGGCCCGACUGCUCGAUGAGGAGGACCAGAAGUGGAAGGAGAACGGCCAGAACUUGUCCAAAGUCAGCUGGCGCUACUCGCAGGCCCACAACGCCAUUCUGGGCCCAUCUGGAGAACUCCUGACUGAGCACGACUUGAUCUACCUGGAGCAGCAGAUCGCCAACGUGACUUUGCGCCGUCACACCGGCGAGGGCUACGAGCUGGAGCUGGCGCGGCUAGUGGAGGAGCUGCGCCACAUCCUGCCGGCGCCCAUCGUCAACAUCAGUGCCCAUGCCGGAUUCGCCGACCCAGCUAAACGCCCGGCACUUCUACCUGGCUGGUGCGGCCGUAUCUCUGGUAUUGUCAAGAGCAUGUCGCUCCUCAUGAGCGACCUGGCCGAGCAGCCGCACUGCAAGAUGCCUGACAGCCAGCUGGCCAGCGUCUUCUCGCAACCACCGGACCGGCAGGCAUCCACCAGGGGUCGGCGCCAGAGAAUCGAAGAUGAGAUCCACCGUUUCGGUGUGUCCGUGAGGACGCUCAAGUCCAAUUUUGAGACUCAGAACGAGCCCGAGGACAUGGAAGAGCCCUCGACUCAGGAGUUUGAGGAGAAUGUUCCGGAAGUGGUGGAGAGCACCAGCCUGAGGAAAGAGCGCAUCGUGGUGCUCUUUCUGGGACAUUGGAAGAAGUCAGCCUACGCGGUGACGCUCAAGAGCAAAGACGCCGCCGAGAGAAGGAAGAGUAAUGAUGAAGAAAGCGGUGGCGGUGAAGAGAGCGGCCGGGUCAAGAUGUUGAACAGCUCUCUGGGUCACUUUUUCAAGCAGAGGAGUGCUGUCAAUAAAAUGCUGGGAAACUGGAGAAGGAUGAUCUCCAGCGUGCCUUCGCGACAGAUACGACGGCUCCACAGGCAGCAAGUCAUCUACUCCCCAGAGCAGUUUGUCCCGCGCAUGGGUGGCCUGCCGUUAGAGUACGACGAGCUAACGUUAGACCUCUUCAUGCUGGGCUACUUCCACAUCCUAGAGCUGGACCUCCCAGUGGACGAGCGCAAGAUGAGGCACCUGCUGUGCUUCGAGGUCUUCGACCACGUCGGCAGCUUCCCCUGGGAGCUGGUGCGUGACUUCCACAAGGCAGUCAUCCAGGACAUUGAGGCUGGCGAUCGUGAGUGGAAGGACGGCUUCGAGGACCUGAAGCUCAAGUUUUUCGGUAAGGCGGCCAAUGCGUCCGGGGAUGGUGAGAUGCAACUGGAGGCGGAGCCAAAGGUAGAGGCGGAGAUUCAGGCGGAGAUUCGACCGCUACCCAAAGUCAUUGUGCAGACACCCACGCCAGAUGAAGGGUCACUCUACACCGGGACUGAUAUCUCCAGUUUCAGCAACGAAGAGAUUUGCCAAUACAUUGACCGCAGCUUUGCCUUUUGGAAGGAGAAAGAGGCGGAAAUUUUUGAUUUUGAGUAAUCGCCCCAAUUUGCA